AUGAAGAUGCGCACACUGACCGCCUUGCGGGCCGUACAAUGUCGCACCUUUGCAACUUCUUCUCGAACGUCGACGCAGCACCUGAUGAGCACGGCCGACCUGAGCGUCCCACAGAUGCAGCAGCUCUUGACGAGCGCAGCAGAUUACAAGAGCGCCAGAGCAAAAGCUGCUCGCUCCGUCGGGCCUCAGUCACAAGAACUUAGUCUGGCCAACAAGACGAUUGCCAUGCUCUUCUCCAAACGAUCGACCCGUACUCGUGUCGCGUCAGAAAGCAGUAUCGCUUCUUUGGGAGGACAUCCCAUGUUCUUGGGCUCGUCAGACAUCCAGCUCGGCGUCAACGAAAGCUUGCUGGAUUCUGCAAAGGUCAUCUCGAGCAUGACAGAUGGCAUCAUUGCGCGCGUCAAUGACCACUCGGAAGUCGAAACGCUAGCAAAGUACUCGAGCGUACCCGUCAUCAACGCGCUAUCGCAUCUCUACCAUCCUACGCAGAUUCUGGCCCAUCUCCUAGCAUUACUCGAGACAUACUCGCCCAAAGACACUUCACUGAGCAAGCUCAAGGGACUCAAAGUAGCCUGGGUUGGCGAUUCCAAUAACAUCCUGAACGAUAUGAUUGUAUCCUUCCAGCGUAUCGGCAUCGAUCUCAAUAUAGCCACGCCAGAGGGAUACCCGCUAGAUCAAUUCGUGCUCGAUACUGCAACGGAAGGAUUGCGGAAAGAGUCUGGCGAUGGCAAAUUACUCCAUACGCACAGUCCCGAAGAGGCAGUGAAAGAUGCAGAUGUGCUCGUCACUGACACUUGGAUCUCAAUGGGACAAGAAGCCGAGAAAGCGAAACGAUUGAAAGAUUUCGCAGGCUUCCAGAUUACUAUGGAUCUGGCCAAACGAGGCGGCGCAAAGCCAGACUGGACGUUCACUCACUGCUUACCUCGCAAGCAGGAGGAAGUCGACGACGAGGUCUUCUAUUCCGAUCGCUCGCUUGUCUUCCUCGAAGCGGAAAACAGAAGGCAUACCAUCACCGCCGUGUGCGAUCAAUACUUUGCGAAGGGCGGUUUCUGA